GACUCAACUUCACUGUAACAAAGAAUAGCUAAUAGUGGUGAAAAUGGAGAAUCAGGAGCCCGAAAUCGAGAAAUUGCCCCAAGAUGAGGUUCCUGAUCAAGAACCAGAGCAGAAGAAGCUCAAGAUUUCCACCUCUGGCGAGGAAACAGAUUUGCCGGCUGCUGCAGCUUGCGGCGGAAGUGGCGGAGCUGAGCGUAGACCUCCGAAAUACAGGCGCCGGAAAGUCGCAAUCGUGUUUGCGUUUUGCGGGGUAGGGUAUCAAGGAAUGCAGAAGAAUCCCGGCGCGAAAACCAUUGAAGGAGAGCUCGAAGAGGCGCUGUUCCACGCCGGCGCUGUACCAGAGGCCGAUCGGAACAAACCAAGACAAUACGAAUGGGCACGAUCCGCUCGCACCGAUAAGGGCGUGAGUGCGGUGGGACAGGUGGUUUCUGGUCGCUUCUACGUCGAUCCGCCUGGAUUUGUGGAGCGUCUCAACACGAAUCUCCCUGAUCAGAUUCGAGUGUUUGGGUACAAGCGUGUGGCGCCGUCGUUUAGCUCCAAGAAAUUCUGCGAUCGGAGGAGGUAUGUGUAUCUAAUCCCUGUUUUUGCUCUUGAUCCAUGCUCACAUAGCGAAGCUGAGAUGGCUAGAUCAGAUUCAGGGUACGAAUAUGUGAAAUGUGUAGAGUGUUGUGAGAAAGGCUAUAAGAUUCCACUUGGUGUGAUGGGGAAAGACACUAGUGAUGAUACAAAAUCAUUGGAGCUUCAGUCUGAGAUUGCGUCGAGCAACUGUGAUGCAGUAAAGUGUGAAACUUUGAGCUCUAAUGUACCUAACGGAGAAGAUAUCCGAAACUCAAGAUCGAAUUUGGAUUCUUCGAAAGAAUCGGAUACUUUGGCUAAGGGAAAGUCGAACGAUGAGGAAGGAAAAGACAUGGUUAAGACCGAGAGCAAGUUCUGCUAUGGUGAGAAGGAGAAGGAGAGGUUUAACAGAAUUCUAAGCUAUUAUGUUGGUUCGCAUAACUUCCACAACUUCACCACAAGAACGAAAGCAGCAGACCCAGCUGCAAAUCGCUACAUUCUCUCCUUCAAUGCAAACACAGUGAUUAACCUCGACGGAAAGGAGUUUGUCAAGUGUGAAGUUGUUGGACAGAGCUUCAUGCUUCAUCAGAUCCGGAAAAUGAUCGGACUUGCUGUUGCAGUCAUGAGGAACUAUGCACCUGAAUCAGUGAUCCAAGCCGCUUUCAAGAAGGAUGUGAGAAUAGUUGUACCGAUGGCGCCAGAAGUUGGACUAUACCUUGAUGAAUGCUUCUUCACGUCUUAUAACAAAAGAUUUAAAGGCAGUCACGAGGAGGUGUCAAUGGAAGAAUACAUGGAAGUUGCUGAAGAAUUCAAAUGGAAGCAUGUUUACUCUCAUAUUGGCUCAGCAGAAGAAAAAGAUGGAAUUGUGGCGAUUUGGUUGCAUUCAUUGAACGAAAGAAACUAUCCAGACCUACGUGUUGCUGAACACAAACCGGAUGAAGUCAUUGUCUAUAAGAAGAUUGGAGAAGCCUCUGAGGAAAAGAUCCAUGAGGAGAAAAUUUCAGUGAAAGAGAAGACUAAUGGCACUGCGGAACUAUUUGUUGCUGAUAAGGUAAAUGAUGAAACAUCUGAAGAAAAGAGUAUGGAAGAGAGUAUUACAGUGGAAGAAAAUGCAACUGGGUGAAGCUGCUUUUGCAUACUGAGGAUCACUGGAUUCAGGUGGAAGCAUCGAGCUUAAACCGCAGCGUUUAUCUAAUCUAAGAACAAUAUGCGGUAUAAGAAAUAAAUAGUUUGGUUUUCUCCAACUUUCUCAAACUUUAUAUUUUCCAACUAAUCAAUUCAAUUGAUGGGGGUUUGAGGUCUUUUUUUCAUAGUAUCUCUCGACUUUACUUUUGCAUUAAUUCAAAGUAUUUCUGUAACGA